UACUACUUCAGUAGGUUACAAGUGAAUUGUUAAACCUUGUCGUGCUUAUAAUACUUGGCCAAAAAAAGAAAAUCAAGAUUGCCAAGUUUCUUUGAUUACAAAACCGGAGCUCGUUGCCUGCCCUUUGAAGUUCCUGGGCGCUCCGUCAUCGACCCCUCUAGCCACGCCGUACCUUCUCCUGUACCAGCAACGCGAGCUGUUUGAAAACCAGGAUUCCGGCUUCCGUUGAAAAUGUUGGAUGGAGGAGAAGUUAGUGUUGUACAUGUUAGAGGUGAAGGCUCAUGAGGUGUUGCUACUGGACCGAUUCAGUUUGUCCAACAGCUGGAAUUUCAGCUAGAUUUGGAAGCCAACAGCAGGUUCAUCAACGAUAAAUCAGACGAUCAUACUGAAUGUUCCAGAAAAUUCAGUUGUGUGAUGGAUGCCAAAUGGCAUCAUACUUGAUCGGCAUGCCUGGCGCAUAGAUGUUUUCUGGAAAAGGACUCAUGUGUGUCUUAAUCAGACAUGAUAUGGAGUUUGGCUGUCCAAUAUUUGCGCCUUUAACGGUUCAGCUAUGCGAUUGAGAAAAUGGCCAAGAUCGCUCAUUCUCGUGGAGCUAAAAUCCUCUAACUUCGUUUAACAACUCCUGUUCAAGUCCUAAGUAACUGACAUUGGUCAAAUCAUGUUUUUUUUUUCAUUAUGCAAGCAGUAGGACAUGAACUCAACAUGAUGAAUGAGUUACUUUCAAAUGUUUUCUGAUCCAUGGGUGCACUAUUUGUAGCUCUAAAAUUAAGCUAAAUUGUUUUCUCGCUUGGGUCUGCAGCAGGAGCAACCGUUCAGUGUGUGGAAUAUGGAUGCCUCUUUACGAGUGCUCACCUUUAUUCCUGGUAUUGACAAACACAAUCCCACUUUGGUGUGUACUGAAGUAUCUUUUAUCUUGUUAUAUAUAUGGACAAUUCUCGGUUACUUGCAUCAAAUUCAUUUUCCUUGCCAUUUCCAUUAAUUUUGGGUCCUCUCUUGAAAAUGCUUGGUUUUAUGCAGCUAUUCAAUAAUGAGUCUUAAGCUUUUUCAUGCCAUGCUGCGCAGCCAAAUCUAUUGCUGAACAGUGAACACCAAAUUUCAUAUUUAUAGUGGAUCAAACGAUUGUUACGGAUUUAGUUCCUUUAGCUUUUUGGACGUCUUCUCUGCUUUCUUUUGUAGGUGCACGAGUUAAGGAAUGCCAUGUGUUCUUUCUCUUUACCUUCAUUACUAGCUUUGUUUUUGGAUUUAACUACAUAGAUGAUGUAUUUGCAGAUUAAUUUGAAUGUUUCUUUGUUGACCCAGAGAAUAUUUGUUGAGUCCCAUUGCUUUUCUUCAAGAAGGCGUAGUAUGCAAGUUAAUUUGUUCCAUUGAUAUGUUGCUUAGCAUUUAUUUAUUAUUCCUCUUUCGGGAAAUAUUACGCGCGCACGUUCGCUGGUUAGUCCGCGCGCGCGACGUCACUCUCGUUGAUCGAUCGCAGCUAGCCUGAGCAGUCCAUCUUGGUUGUUAGCUGCAUGCGGGAAAAAUGCACGCAUGAGCAUGCAUGCAUGUAAUUUUAAUUAUAAUUUUUUGUUUGGAGUUAUGAGAUAUAAAAUCAAGUGCCAACAAAACAUCCAUAUUGGCAUCAGCACAUUUGAAAGUUUUUUUUGCCUAAUAUUCAGAAUCCUUUGUAGCUUAAACCGUCUGCUCUAAUCAAAAUCUGGUUUCGCCUUAUGUUAUCGUCAAGGGCUUUGAACUAGAUAUCACUCGGAAAUGGUUCGACAAAAUUUCACCAUGUGGUAAUUUCUUUUACAAACACGACGUUAACUUCAUAUAUUAUGAUUGUCCUACUUUGUCCGAACUCACCGCGUGGUAACUUGUUACUAACGUGGUUGAAAUUCCAUAUGUUAUUUGGGUGGCAAUAUUAAUGCAGAAGUCACCAUCGUAAUUUGCAUGAAGUUGCCACGUGGUAGUUUAUUAUUAACAUGGUGGCAGUUUCAUAUAUUUUUAGAUGGUAAUUUUAAUGCUCAAAUCAGCACCGUUCUAUUUUGUAUGAACUCACCACAUGGUGAAAACUCCAUAUGUUAUUUGGGUGGCAAUUUAAUGCAGAAGUCACCAUCCUAAUUUGCACGAAGUUGCCACGUGAUAAUUUAUUAUUAAUAUGGUGGCAGUUUCAUAUAUUAUUAGGUGGUAAUUUUAAUGCACAAAUCAUCAUUCUAUUUUGUAAGAACUCACCACGUGGUAACUUGUUAUUAACAUGGUGACAACUCCAAAUGUCACUUGGGUGGUAAUUUUAAUGCAAGUCACCAUACUAUUUUGUAUAAAGUUGUCGUAAUUUAUUAUUAAAAUGGUGGCAACUUCAUAUUAUUAUUGGGUGGCCUCAGAUGAAAAAAGAUUGUCAAAAUAUAUUCAUAUGACAUAUAGUUUUGAAGCCCCCUUGGAAUAUAAAUAUCUGUGAAAAAGGACCAUGAAUUAGGUACAUAAUUUGAGAGCUAAGACAUUUUAAAGUUUUAAAUUUGCAGAAAAUCUAUACGUUAACAAUUUUGGCUGCUAGCUACUUUUUGCAUGCAUCAGCUCACAUGCGUAUAGAUGCAUCGCAUGCAUCUGGUGUCGCAUGCCAUGCCUGCGGCGUCGCCCCCCAAUGCAAUAGCGCAUCAUACGCGCUGUAUUUGUAUCCUUCAUCUUUUGCACCGAUAUUUUGUCCAUGUAAUGCUACAGUCCUCUUGUCACCUUCACCUCCGUGCAUGCGCUCCCAGGAAUGAGCAUGGGACGCCGUGGGUCCAACGCUUCAAUUUUGUUUCAAGUCACGCAAAUGCCAACUGCCAAGGUUCUACCAUAGGUGCCUUCUUCCGUGACUGAAUACACAAGGAUGUUGGGGUGUGCAUUCAGGCUGGGAUGCAGAUUCGAAUGCAGGAGGGUUCCUAAACAUGCAAGUUGUAUAGAAGCAUUUUUCUCCUGGAGGUUUAAAUUUGCAUUAAUGGAGUUGUGCUGGGGGAGGAGGAAGGAGGGCAUGUCAGUUUCUGGUUUUGCUCCCGGCAAACGAGAAGCUGAUCGACCGCCCGGGUGUGUCAGUGGUUUCUGGAAAGCUAGGUGCUCAUCACAGUCCUUCCAAGUCAACGCCAAUCCCACCAUGGCCUCCACCUCCGUCGUCACCCUCAACGUCGGCGGUGAGAUCUUCCAGACCACGGCAGCCACCCUCUCCCGAGCCGGCUCGUCGUCCCCGCUCGCCGCUCUCGGGCCCUCGCCCCCUAGCGCGCCGCACUUCCUCGAUCGAGAUCCCCGCCUCUUCGCCCUCAUCCUCUCCUUCCUCCGCUGCGGCCGCCUCGCGUCACCUGCUCCUCCCUCAGCCGCUCUCCUCGCCGAGGCUCGUCACUUUGCGCUCGACGGAGCUCUCCUCGCAUCCAUCUCCGCGCCGUCCGCCUUCUCCCCCCUGUCCCUGCGCCCAUCCGCCCUCCUUCCCCUCGCCGGUCGCGCCGCUCCCUCCGCUGUGGCUAUCGCCCCCUCUCCGCACUGCGCCUCCCUCGUCGCCGCGCACGGCGGGGUCGUCACCGGAUUCGACGCCGCGCUCGCCUCCCGCAGCACCGUCCUCACGCCGCUUCCUACCGUCGACUCGCUCGUCGCCGUGUCCCCCACCCUCGCCCUUGCUGCCGCCCACGACUUCCCCGGCGUCCACCUCUGCAGGUUCCACCAGGGUGACUCCCCCGUCUCUGCAGCUCCGGAGGUGCUUUCGUGGCUCGACUCGCCCUCUGCCUCCGUUCUAUCCAUGCUCGCCACGCCGGCCUCACAAGUCUUUGCCAGCUUUGAGUCAGCUCGCCGGAAUUCCAGCGCGGUAGUGGCUUUUGACAUGAAUUCUUUAUCACCGGUGGUGGAAAUUGGCCGGAAAGAGGUAUUUGGUGCGGACGUUGAAGCAGCGAUACCACCAACAAAGCUUGGUUGGCUUGGUGGGUACAAUCUCUUGCUUGCCGCCGGGUCACACUCUGGGCCAGCUGGAAUGGUGGGGGACAUACGCCUGUGGGACGUCCGAGCAAGCUCGACAGUGCCCGUGUGGGAGAACAGGGAGAAGGAGGAUUGCUUUGCAGAUGUUGCUGCAUCAGACUCGCUAUCGUCAUUAUUCAAGGUGGGGGCUGCAUCUGGUGAGGUGUUCAUGGCUGACUUGAGGAGGCUUGGUGGUGGUGGUAUCUGCUUGGAGCCUUGGGUGUGCAUUGGAGAUGGACAAAGGGCGGAAGCAGCAGCAGCAUCUCGCAAGAAGGAUGGAAAUGGUUGUAGGAUUGAGUGCUACCGCAACUGGGUGUUUGUGGCACGCGGCGCACAUGUUGAGGUGUGGACGCAGGUGGAAUUGACACCAGAGGCUUGUCGGAAGAAGGGGAUGAGGAGAAAUUGGGUUGGGAAUGGGCCAUCUAUGGUUUCGAAACACGAUGAGGAGGGGGUAAGGGUGAAGGCCAAGAUCGUGAGCUGGGCCUUUGGAGGCAGCAGGAUGGCAUUGGCUAGAGUAGAUAAGCAGUCUAUCGAGGUGUGGGAUAGUGCUUCUGAGCAAUAUCAGUGAACACCUGAAUAGAGAAGUAGACUACAAGUGUAAGAGAUCUCAAUUUCAGUUGUUAUUCUUGUUCAUCUAUAUGCCUGUAGUUUUUUCUGUGUUUGUUCUGUGAUGUAUUCUAGGGGCUUAGAUUCUUGAGUACAAUGCCUGAAAGGUAUUACUCCCUCCGUUCCAUAAAGUAAAUUAUUGCCCAAAAAUGGAUGUAUCUUUUCCUAAAAAGUGUCUAGAUACAUGUAAUAUUUCGACAAGAAUUAUGGAACGGAGGAAGUAGAUGAUUUCAUUAAUGUUGGGUACAGUCUACAUUUUGUGAUUACAUCCAUUACUCCCUCCGUUCCAUAAGGUAUUACAUCCUCCUUUAAAGUAAAUUAUUGACCGUUCUGGAGCCAGGGUGGGCCUUCUGAUGGUCGAUUUGUUUACUCAAGUUUAUUGAGUACGUAUGAGAAGCCUCUCUACUCUGUGAGAUCCAUGAAAACAUGGCUCUUCCUUUGAAAUAAGCUUCCUAAAUUCCAAAUUUAUUAAUCCAUGUAUUAAUUUUCGUAAGCUUUCCAGGAGACACCUUCUGGGAAUUUGUUGUUUCCUUUCAUUUUUCUUUAUGUUUACUUACAAAUUGGUUGCUUCCUAGGUUUCAACAAAACUGGUGUGUCAGUUGAUGUUUUUUUAAUAAAUAUAAAUAGUAUGUAUAUGUUACAGGGGCAAUUGUGUUACAUAAAGUCUUUAGGUGUUCUCUUCAGUUAAAUUCUUUAGUUCAAUUGUUGACCUAUUCAGUUGCGCAGCUUGACUCUUGGAGUUUUCAAGUUUAUCUAUUAUAUCUUUUUCCCAGCACUUUCUGGCAUCUGCUGCAUUCUCUAUCUUUGUCUACAGCCAUGUUGGUUCCAGAAAAUUCAGUUGUGUGAUCAGUGAUGCAUCCCAAAUGGCAUCAUACUUGAUCGGCAUGGCUGGCGCAUUGGUGUUUUCUGAAAAAGGGUUCUUGUGUGUCCUAAUCAGACAUGAUAUGGAGUUUGGCUGUCCAACAUUUGCGCCUUUAACGGUUCAGCUAUGCGAUUGAGAAAAUGGCCAACAUCGCUCAUUCUCAUGAAGUAGGACGUGAACUCAACAUGAUGAAUGAGUUACUUUCAAAUGUUUUCGGAUCCACGGGUGCACUAUUUUUUAGCUCUAAAUUAAGCUAAAUGGUUUCUCGCUUGGGUCUGUAGCAGGAGCAAGGAGUUCAGUGUACGGAUGCCUCUUUAUGAGUGCUUACCUUUAUUCCUGGUAUUGACAAACACAAUCCACUUUGGUGUGUACUGAAGUAUCUGGACAAUUCUCGGUUACUUACAUGAAAUUUGUUGUCAUUGCCAUUUCCAUUAAUUUUGUAUGUUAAUGAUUAGUUCAUUGCUGAUCAGAGCUCAAACACGGUUUUUGGGUCUUCUCAUGAAAAUACUUGGCUUUAUGCAGCUAUUCAAUAAUGAGUCUAAGCAUUUGUUGGAUUAACUUGAGUGCUUUUCCAUUCUCUGACACCUUCUUUAUGCUAUUUAUCAUGCCAUGCUACACAGCCAAAUCUAUUGCUGAACAUACACCAAUUCAUACUUAUAGUGCAUCAAACGAUUGUUGUGAUUUAGUUCCUUAGCUUUUUUACAUCUUUUCUGCUUUCUUUUUGCCUAUUGCCGCUGCACGUGUUAACAUGGAAUGUCAUGUGUUCUUUCUCUUUACCUUCAUUACUAGCUUUGUUUUUGGAUUUAACCACAUAGAUGAUGCAUUUGCAGAUUAAUUUGAAUGCUUCUUUGUUGACCCAGAGAAUGUUUGGUGAUUCCCAUUGUUUUUCUUCAAGAAGGCUUACGCCUUGUUUGGUUAGGCUUAAAUGUGGCUUAAAUGUUGCAUACACCAUCAUCUAACAAUAUCAAGUCCAAAGCCAAAGCACCUAAAUAGGUGCUUUGUGUGGCUUAUAAGCCAAAAACCAAAAGCCACAUUUAAGCCUAACCAAACAGGGCCUUUGUAUGCGAGUUAACUUGUUCCAUUGAUAUGUUGCUUAGCAUUUAUUAUUCAUCUUUUGCACCAAUAUUUUGUCCAUGUAAUGCUACAACCCCCCUGCCAGCCUCACCUCCAUGUUUCGAAGUCGCGCACAUGCCAAGGUUCUACCAAAGGCACCUUCUCCCAUGACUGAAUAGAUUUGUGGUCGGCGGCGCGGCGUGGGAGGAAGAGGACGAGGAGGCGUGCCACGACGGUGAGGGUCAAGGACGCCGGCGAGGGCAGGGCCCGCCGUCGCCGGCGACGGGGUCGCACGCCGGCGGCAGGCCGCGGGAGGCGCGGCGGCUGGGCGAGACCAUCGCCAAGGGCCACAACUAUGAGCUUAUGCUCAAUUUCCAAUCUCCAACUAGGCAUCAGCCAGAAUGUAUUAUACUUGUUAUAUCUCCUUCUAAUCAAGAUAUAGCCACAUCUGAUGCGAUUAAGCUUGCUGGGCAUGUUAAUUAAUCCAGCUGGGAGCUAGAGCAUUUAAAAAAAGCCUAAGCCUGAUGGAAGAAAGUUUGAUAUAAGAUGGCCAGGGAGUGUGAAGGCUAGGCUCUGCUGCUCCUGACUUGUCCCAUGUUGGUCUACGCAUUACAGAAGACUACUUGGAAUAUCGUCUUAAACAGUGGGACAGGGCUGUUGGCGUUCUGAUAGUUGGAGAAGCUUGUGGGGUCUCUGAGCUUAGGGUGUUUAUGCAGUUUGGCACAUUCAGUAUAGAUUACCUACAGCAAUAAAACUCCUGUUGGGUUGCUUCUGAGAGUUUUUUUCUCCAGCUUUUGGAUCGGAUUCCACCUCCUACUGAAGAUCUUAAGAAAAAAGGAAUUGAUUUCUCUUUACGGUUUAAGCUUUUGGAUCGGAUUCACCACCACUUCAGCUACUUUUCUCAAUAGCCGUGUACUUAGACUGACCAUACAUUUUGAAGUCAUUUGACUUGACAUGCUGGGGUCUUAAAGUCAAACUACAGAGAAAGGGAUAGAGCUUCAAAAAUCUUUACUGAAACUACUUUUGCUUUAAUCUAAUGUAUGAAGAAUGGAUGCGCCAGUGAUGUAUAGUUUCAGCCUGCUGUAUUUGUCAGAACUCAAAAAUCAUUUGCCUUCGAA